AUGCCCCGCCCGUCGCCACCGCUCUCCAUUGUCAUUGAGAAGGAAGCCAGCGUUUCUGACCAAUUACACCAAGAAUUUCUCAAAGUGAGCGGCGCCCUAGUGUUACCGCCAAAGCCCAUGCUGGAUGCUCUUACCGACAAUUUCUUCACAUAUCUCUAUCAUCUGUGCGCCGUGAUAGAUCCCCAAGAGCUCUUGGUGCGGAAUCCCUCACUAUUAUUGUCCCAGGCUAUCUGCCUGGCAGGAUCUCUCGUUCGUCAAAACAGAGGCCAUUCCUUCCUGUCGAGUAGCGAGCAAAUGUAUAUGAAGGUGAAGACAUUGAUUAUGACAAACCACGAAAAGGACAGCCAUGUGGUUCUGAAAUCCAUCUGUCUUCUGGCAUGUUGGAAUGUGACACCAGCAAUGAUGGUCGAUCUUGACUGUUCCUACCAUUGGAUUGGUGUCGCAGUACGCCAAAUGCUACAGAUGGGCCUCCACCAGGAUUCAACCUAUGUGUCGAUGACCAAUCCGGGAGUAAUUCGUCGAUUGGCGUGGCAUAUCUAUGCUCGAGACAAGUUACAAUCUGCUUGCUUUGGCCGCCCAGCCUUGAUCAAGUCCCACGAGUUCAAAGUCCGACCGCUCGAAUAUUGCGACUUUAAAGUGAUCAAUGAUCAAGCGGAAUUAUUUAUCCAAUACGUAAACCUGAACGCCAUUUUAGGAAAAAUGCUCGAGCUUCACAGCCGAAAGCCAUACGGCGAUCCUGCCGAGGCGGUGCAUAUCUUGGAUUCAUUGAAAUCAUGGAUCAACCAACUCCCCAGCAAUCUGCGCCUGUAUACCUACUCAACUGAUCAACGAACGUACCGUCGAGAUGUUUACGAAGUCCAUAUCAACUACUUUGUGCUGGUCGUCAUGUUCUUCCACCUCUGUGGCCAUGCUAUCACCAUCCGAACCAGUACAGCCAACUUGACUUCCCUGAUUGCUUCAUCGUGUAUUGCACGACUCUAUGAAGAAAUGGAGUAUCGAGACGAUAUUGCCUAUCUCCUUCCCAUCAACACCUGGUACAUAAUGGUGGGCUGCAUCCCACAGGUCCACCAGUCAACUGGACGGCCCAACGGAGACACGAUAUGCGAAGAUGAAUUGAAUAUCCUCCGUCACGCGCUCCGGACCAUGGCCAACAAGUAUCCUCCAUCCAGAAACGUUCUCUACGGUAUUGACAGGUUUGCCCGAAAGAGGACGACUACGGGUAAAAACGAGGUGCGAAGGCCUCUGGGGAUUUCAGAUCUUACAGGUGGUCGUAGCAACGAAAAUGACCCUGGAGCAUUUCCAGACGAGUUGGUAAGGGAACUCUUUCCUCUCCCGAAAACGAUGUGUCCUCGGAUGGAUCUACUGGAGCCAGUCGGCGAAAGACGGGAGCCUUCGACCAUGUCAGGUGAGAUUUUUCCAUGGGACGAACAAAAUCCGAUGGAUUGGUUAUUCGAUGAGUUCUGUCAGGAUAGCAUUGAUUCCUACGAUAGUCUGCUGGCGCCCACGGAUGUUGGUUCGGAACAGUUACUCUGA